CGUUAUUUUCAGGGGAGUAGCUUAUUGCUGAGCAACGGAGGAAGAGAAGGCCAGCGCACUCAGGGCUGGGCUCUAUACACACCUUCAACUCGCAGCUAAAGGAAAAGGGAUGGCCUAGCUUUGCUGCACGGCCAGUGGUCUGUCAGCUGUGGUCUAUCACCUGGACCAGAGAUUCUGUUCGCCUUGAUAUCAGGAGGUGUGUACUAGAGGCAGCAGCAGAUCGCAGAGAUGAGCGUGACCUCCUGGUUCCUGGUGAGCAGCGGGGGGACUCGUCAUCGACUCCCCCGGGAAAUGAUCUUCGUGGGCAGGGAUGACUGCGAGCUCAUGCUGCAGUCUCGUAGCGUGGACAAGCAGCACGCAGUCAUCAACUACGAGCCGGGGACUGACGAACACAAAGUGAAGGACCUUGGAAGUCUGAACGGGACCUUUGUAAACGAUGUCCGCAUUCAGGAGCAGAUGUACAUCACGCUCAAAUUGGAGGACAAGCUGAGGUUUGGAUAUGAUACCAACCUGUUCACGGUGGUGAGAGGAGAGCUCACUGUGCCUGAGGAAGCUCUAAAGCAUGAAAAGUUCACCAGUGGCCUCCAGCUCAGCAAGAAGCUGUCCAACGGUGAAACCACGACCAACACGACCAAGAGCCAUUCUCCUUCUAAGGCCCCAAUGAAAACGCCAAAGUCACCGAGCGGCGGCACUCCAAAGUCUGCGGAGAGCAGAGCAGCAGAUGGGGUCACUUCCUCCAGAGAACAGCCGACCAAGCCGCUGGACUCUCAGAAAGCAGAAGAGAAGUUAGGGGACAGUACAGCUCUGCCUCGUGGGACCCCCCUGUACGGUCAGCCAUCGUGGUGGGGGGAUGGAGACGCAGACGAUGAAAACUCCUUCAAACAGGAAACCAAGUCCAAAAAACACGACGGCUCCAUUUCAGAGAGCAAGGAGGCGCGUCGGGGAGAGAAAGCUAAAGAGGACGGCCUUCAUGCGUCCCCUGCUCUCGAUUCCAGUUACUUUGAGGUCCCCACAAAGGAAGGUCACAUGGCAAAUAACGGCAUCCAUGAAAUUCCCACCAAGGACACAGAGGAUGCUCCCAGUCAAAGCCACACCGCUGCAGCUCAAGGGCACGCCUCCUUCACCAUAGAGUUUGACAACACCUCUCCAGGGAAAGUCACCAUUAAAGACCACGUGUCAAAGUUCGCGUCGGACCACCACAGGUCCCGCACCAAGAAGAGCACGGCGGGAAGCGGUGGCUCGGGAAGCAAGGACCUCACCACGCUGCAGGCCGCCAUGAUGGCGUCUGAGAGCAAGGUGGCGGAUUGGCUGGCUCACAACGACCCCACGCUAGUGCACACCGAGUCCACCGAGGAUGACAGCAAGAGCAUUAAGAGCGACGUCCCGGUCCACCUAAAGAGGCUCAAAGUAGGGAGCAAACAUGAAGACGGCACCCAAAGUGACUCUGAGAACGGACUCGGCCUGCGUUUCGCCAACCGUAGACACGCCCUCGAGGAGCGCCUGAAGACAGCGCACAACCACGCGGGAGGGGGAUCCGCAGGGGUGCCCGCAACCGCCAGCGGGACCAGAGCCACUGGCAGUCGAACGGCUUUCAUGAUCGAGUUCUACGACGAGGAAAACCCUCGCAAGCGUCGCUCUUACUCGUUUUCCCAGACUGCUCCACUGCUAGGGGGCGGAGUGGGCGGAGAAGGACUGUGUCCACAGCCUCCCUCGCACCCGAAGGUGUUCAGUAUUUCAACGUCAGCUGCCUCAGCUGCAGAUUCAGGUAAAGCUCCAGCUCCCAUACCAGCCACAGUAACUGUGGGCGCUCCAACGGCUGCCCGAGUGCUGCUCAAGCAGAGGUCAGAGGACCAAAGUAUCGGUCGGAGCUCGGCUAGUACUGGGCUGGCGACUGGGAGCCCCACGACGCCCAGCGAGGACACUUCGAUCCUCGGAAAGGGAGCUGGAACUGCUGGGGGAGAGGUGGACGACGACCACAGUGACAAGGGGACUUACACUAUCGAGCUGGAGAAUAAAAAUCCAGAAGAAGAAGAGGCCAGGCGCAUGAUAGACAAGGUGUUCGGGGUGCAGGAAAAUACAAGCAGCUUGGUUUUGUCUGGCCUAAAAGGAAAAGUAAAGGACUCAGGAAACGCCGGGAAAGAGGCUCUUGUUGGUGACUCAAGCUGGGUCUCUCAGUGGGCCAAUUUAGCUGCUAAUCAAGCAAGGACCGACCCAGAAGGUUCUGGAGCAGAAGCAGCAACAUUCCUGCACAAAGAGAGAGGAUCUGAUGCCUUUGAGUCCGCUGCUCCUCCCCUUGGCAAAGGUGAACCCUCUUCCAGCCUGACCGACCGUAAACGCAGGACCCUCCCCCAGCUCCCAGUGGACGACCCCCGGGCUAAACCCACUCCCAAAGCACUGAGGUCUGAGAUAGGGGAGAAACAGGACACUGAGCCACAGGAGAAAGAGAACAAGGGAGACGGAGAGUCCCCAACCCCCAUGGAGGACGGCGAAAUGACCAACAAGAGGAAACAAAGCUCGGCCACCUCCUCUCCGUCUAAGGGUCCGGUUCGGGGCACUGAAAGAAGGAAGAGGUCAGAGGAGAGCAACGGAGGAGAAGCAGGAGAAGGAGGGGAGAAAUCCGGGAAGGCCCUCGUUCGCCAGGGUAGCUUUACCAUUGAGAAGCCCAGUUCAAAUGUCCCCCCAGAGCUUAUCCCUCGCAUCAGCAGAGGCAACAAUGAGCGGGAGCGCAGCGACUCCGUGGGCAGCAUGGACACCGCUACGCUGCUUAAAGAUACGGAGGCCGUCAUGGCAUUCCUAGAGGCUAAGCUCAGGGACGAGAACAAACUAGACCAGAAAAGUAUUAAAACUCCUCCUAGUGCCAGCAUUGGCCUCGCAGCUCGAACUGACUCCAUAUCCCCAGAAUCAGACGUGGACACAGCCAGCACGGCUAGCCAUGCUGCAGCGGAAGCAGGGGGAAAGACCGCCGCAGGCGGCGUGCAAAAGCGGAAAUCUCUCAGCAGCAUGCACCGGGAAAAGAGCAAUAUGAGCACGGCGUCCAAGACGACCUCCGGAAACGGCAGCGCUCGCGAACGCCUGGAGAGGAAGGCUAAAGGUAGAACUGUCGAAGCGACGGGUCGGACUCGCUCCGCUCAACCCGGCGCUUCCUCCAGAGCACGCCAGCCUUCCCUGGAUCUCACCGAUGACGAUCAGACCUCCUCCUUCCCCAUCUCUGACAUUCUGUCUUCAGACCAGGAAACCUACUCUGGGCCUUUGGGGAACUCGGUUCAUAGACGAGGCUCAGAAGACUUCCUCCAUUCCAAACUCGACGGCAGAUCUUCCAAGACGUCCAUGAGCGGUGCCUCCAAAACCAGCCGAAAUCUGCAGGCAGCAACGGCCUCCUCACUCAACAAGCAGGCCUCUCUGCCUCAACCACGACCCACCAGAGCCUCCCUUCUCCGCCGGGCCCGACUGGGGGACACGUCUGACACGGAUCUAGCCGAUGCAGACCGGGUUUCCGUGGCGUCCGAGGUGUCCACGACGAGCUCCACCUCUAAGCCGCCGUCCGGACGGAAGGGAAUGUCGCGGCUGGACAUGCUGGCUCAGCCACGGAGGAAUCGCGUGGGCUCUGUCUCGGCACGCAGCGACUCGGAGUGCACGGUUAGCCGGCCUUCCACAGCUUCGCCACGCCUCUCCACAGAGACCGCGCUGCGUCUCGGCUUGCGCUCGACGACGCCCACAGAGAAUCGUCUGUCGCCAAGGAUGAGAGCCAACAGUGUGUCAAAACUCAAUGAGCCCAAGACCAAAACCACGACGUCUGGAUACUGCUCGCCCACAGAAAGCUCUCAGCCUGAACCUCCAGAGGGUGAUGCAGAGGAAGAGCUGAUUGUGUGCAGCAGCAGCAGGUGGAGGCGCCUGCCGCCGGAGUACGGCUCCACCUCGGAGGAAGAGUUCGGCUCCAGCCGGAACUCGGCAAAGCAUGGCGCUCGCCCUCACGUCCGGCCCCACCACCUCGUCCCGCACCGCGGCUCGAGACUCGGCUCCGCAUCCAGCUCGGGACCGGCGGCCGUGGCGGUGAUCCCCGGCGGAGCGGGCAUCAAACACCGCAUGAAGGAGCAGGAGGAGUACAUCAGGGACUGGACGGCUCACAGCGAAGAGAUAGCCAGGUUGUUCCCCUGUGUGCGCAGGAUCAGCCAGGACUUGGCCAAGGACUUGGCCAUCUUGGCACGCGAGAUCCACGACGUGGCCGGCGAGAUAGACUCGGUCAGCUCGUCCGGCACCGCGCCGAGCACUACCGUCAGCACCGCCGCCACCACCCCGGGCUCGGCCAUCGACACCCGGGAAGAGGUAGGCCCUGCACGCCCCGCGCAGCCGGACAUACAGGAGAGCAUGAAAAAGCUGGUGGAUCGAGUUUUUGACGAGAGCCUCAAAUUUAGAAAGAUCCCUCCAGUUAUUUCAUCCAACAAGCCGCCAGAGAUCAACGGAAAGCCCAUUGAGCACCAACCCCGAGCUCCUGACGGCCGGGAGCCGCGGGCCUUGAGGAGGCGCACCUGGAACCGAGAGGAGGCGGUUUUGGACAGCCUCCUGAUCCACUCAGUGUCUCAGCUGUCAACCAAGAUCAGACACUCUGUGGACAGAACAGCAGGAAAAAUCAGGAUCUUGUUCAAGGAUAAGGACAGAAACUGGGAUGAAAUUGAGAGUAAACUCAAGUUAGAGAGUGAAGCGCCACUUCUUAAAACCUCCAACAAGGAAAUCUCUUCGAUAUUGCUCGAACUGAAGAGAGUUGAGAAACAGCUCCAAGUGAUUAACGUGAUGGUGGACCCAGACGGGACUUUGGACGCCUUGGCCAGCCUCAGCCUGACCAGCCCCACCAAGGUCCCGACCGCCAAAGCCACGCCCCCCACCGCCGUCAGCCCAGCCAAAGAGUCGCUGCCCGAAAUCCUUCCUGGGCCUGACGGUUCGGCUGCCUCCACCAGGGUCCAGUCUUCCGCCACCAACAUGGAGGGCCGAGAAAGCAUCGUGGGUUUGGGCCUGGCGAGCGUCGUCGGGCUGCCCUUCAGUCGCAGGCGGCCGAGCGGAGAAGAGGCCAUCGCACAGAAAUGAACAGCAGCUCUCCCCGAUGAGAAAUGAAUAAACGUGAGCAUGGAUUAG